AUGGGCUCACCAAUUGGGGGAGCCCCAGAACCACACACCCUGGCCAUGGCCCCUGAGGGCGGGAGCAAAGGAGCCACCGCAACUGAAUCCAAAGCACUAGGUAGGGACCACCGAGCCACACGAGGGCGGUGCCCAGCCCCCAGACAAGAGAUAAAUGUUGGUUUGAUGAGUGGUGUCAAGCCACAACGCCGGAGAACUCUUUACCUUUCUACACAUCCUGACAUCACUGCCCCUGAUCUGCUUAAUCAGGCAGUGAAAAAAAUGAGGGACUUCAACAAAGACCUGGAUGAAGGACCUUUCCUCCUUCUUUAUCCAGAUGGCUCUGAAGUUAUUAAUAUACCUGGGACACAAAAACCAUUUACUCUAAAAAUAUACAAGGCAGAAAUUGGCAGGCAAUAUCAGCGGAUCACCAUUUUUAUCUGCUCAAAAAAAGAUUUUGAGGAAGUUGGAGAAUUGCCAGACACAUCUGACUCUGAGAUUGAGAUAAAAACAACAUCAAGACAGUUUGAUCUAACUGAUACACUGCCAUUUGAACCUCUUCACAAAAGCAGUCCUGUACACAAAGAGCCUGACAAAGUUCUACAGGCAUCUGAAAUCAUUGCAAAUUUGGCACUUGCAAUUGACCACAAGAAAGUCAGCAGGUUUAACAUAUCAAGAUCUGACGUAUGGGAUGGAGCUGUGAGAGGAUUUCGGCGCAGCUCAUACUCCGAAAACAGCGACAUCCUUGUUAAGUUUACUGAUGAUGCUGGGUCCUUUGAAGAAGGGUUGGACACAGGUGGACCGAGGCGAGAAUUCCUCACGCUUCUGAUGAACCGCCUGAGAAAUCGCCCCAUCUUUGAUGGACCUCCAGAAAGGCGAUACCUUGUGUACAAUUCCACAGUUGUUUUUUUGUUUGUUUCUGUCAGGGAAGAUGAAUACUUUCUUGCAGGCAAAAUGAUUGCAGUGUCUAUAGUACACGGGGGACCAGCACCACAUUUCCUCUCAAAGGACCUCGUCCAACACAUAAUAGGGAAGCCAAGUUUCAGCGCCACUUUGGAAGAUAUAACCGAUGAGGAUAUAGGGAAAGCUCUACGUCAGGUCCAGGAAGCAGCAUCGGAUGAGUCUUUGCAAAAUCUAAUUUUGCAAAACAGCACAAUGUUCCAAACAGCAGGAUGCUUCCAACGUGUCAAAGCUUGUGAGAAGCACACACUCGUGGAGGAGUACCUCAAAUGGUACAUUAUAGACCGCAACCACAUUGCCAUUCAAUGGUCUGAUUGUGACCCUCAGUUCAUAUCUUCACAGUUCCAGACAUUCUGUGAGGAUAAUGGAAUACAGCAUGUGAAGAUGACAUCAAAGUGGGCACAAGCCAGUGGUGAAGUGAAGAGACAAAAUACUUCACUGAUGAAAAGGAUAUGCAUUGCACAAUCUGAGGGACUGGACUGGAAAAAAGAACUCCAGAAGUAUGUCACAAUCUAUCGAUCUGUUGACCAUUCCACAACUGGAAAGAGUCCGGCAGAGCUGCUUUUCAAAAGAAAAAUAGGAGGAAAGCUCCCGGACAUAAUGACAUCACAAAGAGAUCUAGAGAUGAAAGACACAAAUGGUGAAAGGAAAGAAAAAUCAAAGAUAUAUACUCACAACAAGAACCAAGCAAAACACUCAGAUAUAACAGUUGAUCAGGUUCUACUGAAACAAGAGAAGGUGGACAAAUUCUCCACUACAUUUAACAAGACACCACAUAAGGUAAUCAGAACGGAUGGUAACAAGGUGGUUGUCAAGUCACCAAGUGGAGCUACGUACUACAAAAAUGCCACAUUUGUCAAAAAGUACUACAAUCAGGACUUUGCUCCACAACCGACCGACAAAACACAAAUAACAGGGACUGAAGAUAGAGACACGGAAACAAACAGGCUGCAGAUGGGAACAGGACUGAGCCUCUCAGCAGGAGAGCCCCCACAAGCAGAUUAA